UGCCUAUCCACUCAAGAGUCUCUCUACGAGACGAACCCUUGUUCAUCAUUUUACACAGCUUUCAGUCGCCCCUCCUGCAAGUUGAAGCUCUCAAAUCUUCUCAAAUCCACUUGUUUUUCUUUUCAUCGAUUCGAUUUCUUCAUGAUCUUGAUUAUCCCUUGCAUCGAUUAAAACCCUAGAUCCGCUCCUCGUCUUAGAAUCCAAGAUUCAGGAACAAAUCUUACUGUUUCUUUAGGUUAAACAAAAUUUGAAAUGGCUUCAAAAACAGCGUCCAAAGACAUUAUCACUCUUCGCGGUUCUGCAGCGAUUGUCAGCGAGUUCUUCGGUUAUGCGGCAAAUAGCAUCCUCUACAAUCGUGGGCUUUAUCCGGAAGAAAGUUUUGCUAGGGUGAAGAAAUAUGGACUUCCAAUGUUGCUUACUCAAGAUGAAGGUGUUAAGACCUUCAUUUCUAAUCUAACUGCUCAGCUUUCUGAAUGGCUGGAAGCUGGGAAGUUACAAAGAGUUGUGCUGGUUAUAAUGAGCAAAGCCAAUAAUGAGGUUCUUGAGAGGUGGAACUUUAGAAUUGAAACUGAUGGAGAGGUUGUAGAGCAAGGUGUGUCGAGGGAAAAGAGUGAUAAGGAAAUAAUGAGAGAGAUCCAGGCUAUUAUGAGACAGAUUGCUUCAAGCAUCACUUACUUGCCCUGCCUAGAUGAACCCCGUGUAUUUGAUGUGUUAGCAUACACUGAUAAAGAUCUAGCAGUUCCAUUUACUUGGAUCGAGAGUGACCCCAAACUGAUUGCUAAUCCACAAAUGGUGAAGCUCCAUUCUUUCGAUACAAAGAUUCACAAAGUGGACACUCUUGUUUCUUACAAGAACGAUGACUGCGAUGACGAGUAAGAACAACAACUCCUCCUCCCUUUUCUUGAAUUUGUUGUUAGUUUUCUGGAUCCCUCCAACCCGAUCGCUUUCAAGGUGGCAUUGUGAAUCUUUUAUUCACAUGUUGUAUUGUAAUAUCAAUUAGAAUUCCACCAUGAACGGUUGGGGUUGGUUGGUUGGAUUGUUUGUUUGUUUGGUAUGACUUUUUCAUUAUAAGAAAAGAGAUGUUUCUACCGACCAACCAAGUCUUUGUGAUGAACAUCCACACAAUUUGCCAAGAAGAAUAGAAUUAAUCGGCCAAACCAAUGAAUCCAUGUCUUGUAAAAAACUCCGGCCAUCCAUAAUUAGAAACUUUCCCAAGUCGUUUUAUCUUGAAAACACCAAAACUUUGUCAUCCAUAAUUAGAAACUUUCCCAAGUAGUUUUAUCUUGAAAACACCAAAACUUUGAUGAUGAAAGGCGAGAGAAGUUGUUGAGAAAGAAAAAGAAAAAAAAGGAAGGAAGAAAAGGAGCUAUGAAUGUAGAUAGUGGUCUGUCAUGGGCAGAUCAAUGGGAUAACAACCCUGACCCGAACCCUCCACCGUCGUCGGCGGAAAAUGGGAAGAAGAAGAACAUAUUUAAGAAGAAGAAGAAGGAGAAGGAGGAGGGGGGAUCCUCCUCCUCAUCGGAGAAGAACAUAUUUAAGAAGGCAAACUUGAAGUGGAUAAAGGAAUUGCGAAA